AUGGAACCGUCCAGCGACGCCACAUCUGCAUGGAAGUUACUCGUACGCCACAGUAUUGAGGCCUGGAAACCGCUUCCUCUCAAUACACUAUUGAAAGGCAUCUUGGAGAAAUGCAACAGCCUGGAUGAGUUUCUGGAGGGUCAAACAUUGGGCUUCGCGUUUUGGUUCUUCCAGAAAAGGGAAGCGUUUCUAAGGCAGGAUGCGAUGACAAAAUGGAGUAGAGACCGGCUGGACGACUAUGUACUUCUACCCGCCGCCAACGGCUACGUCUCUCGCGCCACAUGUUUCUUCGUCAGCCACUUUUGGCACUCAAAGGAUGAUCCAGACCCCGAGGGGAAAUAUCUUCGCCUGCAUCAAGAAUCACUCGGGCCGCAGAGCUGGGACUAUAUUUGGGUAGACUGGACGUGCACGCCCCAAUCUCCCCGGACACCAGCGGAGGACAUAUACUUUGCUAGCACGCUACAGACCAUGUCGGCCAUCAUCCGAAACGCAGGCUUCGCCUGGUUCUACCCGCCCUUCGAGCCGCGCCUGUGGAUCCUCUACGAGGUCGCCGAAUACGCUCUUACCUGCGACCAUGGGGUCGAUCCGUUCCCAGACAUCAAGAAGUAUCGUGAACACGUGGAGGAGAUGCUCAACAACGGGGUUCGCACGACGCUGGAGAAGCAUCGGUACCGAUCUACCUAUGAGAGUGACAAGGAGUUCCUCGUAUCAUGGCUGGAGCUGCUCAUGCUCACGAAGAACCUGCGCCUCGACACGAUGGAUAUCAGGCGGCUGUUUGAUAAUCUGACGUGGCACCGCCUGGCAGGAGACCUCAUAUGUAACACGACUCGGGGUACUUUGCAGCUAUAUCGGUUUGAGGGCGUCCUCGAGCUGAAUGGAGAGCGGCAUACAUUCACGCCGUUUCCUAACUGGGUAUUUGGGAAUGGAAAGCUCACCCUAGAGAGCAAGCGUAGCCAUGAUAAGACUUUUACUACAGUCAAUUUAUACUGA